GCUCUCCUGCUCUGAUAUAAAACUACGACAGUAUAUUCAUAUGUUCUUUUUGUAUGUUUUUUCCUGUAUUUUUUCCUGUAUUUAAGUAUUUUUGAUUUUGUUAUAUUUAUUGUUUUUAGUGUAUUUAUUGUGUAUUUGUUUGCAUAAUCUGAAUAUACAUAUUGCUAUUAUUGUUUGUUUCGUAUUUAAUUCCUUAAGUUCUUAAUUAAAUAGUAUCCAUGUACCCAAAACAAAUGAAAAUCCAAAUACUAACUACAAUUAGAAUGUACUGUUUAGAUGCACUAGGUCCUUAGAACUCAUCUUCGAAGUCAGCAUACUGACAAGGGAACACCUCGAAUUAUAACCAAAAAUUGAGAUGUAUCAUACACCAUUGUGUAGAGCAUGGUCGAUAACCUAUUGCAAAUUUUUUUUACCACUGACCCCGAAAUUAAAAAGUUAUCAAACUUCAAAGUUUCCCUCGCAUUUCUUAUUAAAGAGAAAAUACUCUUUUUCGCCUAUUGAAGAACAAUGUCCACCACUGCUCCAUCUAAUGCGGAUUAAAAAAAGGAAAGAGGGCAGAGACGCCUUUCCCCUUCCUUUUCCCCCUAUUCUUUUUCUCCUUCUUUAACCAACAUGGAAAAAGAAGAGGAAAGGAAAAAAGGAAAAAGAGAGUCACAAUUACCGCUAUAUUAAAAAAUGAUGGGACUCAGCUAAUCCGAAAGUCGAAAAUUUUGAAGCACUAUAACUUUUCGAUUUGGGAGGCAGGGCCAAAAAAGCCAACAAUUGGCAAUGGAUUAUCGACACUGCUUUAACAAUUGCGUAUUUACUUUGGUUUUACAGAUUAGUUCGCAGUGUUCCCUUUAAGUAUGCUGACUUCGAAGAUGAGUUCAAACUUAUAAACAUCAAUCGGCAAAAACCUGAAUACAUUUUUCACACUUUUCACCCUUUCUAGUGGUUUGUAGCUAAUCGCAAAUAAUUAGGUAAUCCAUGACGUCAACACCCAAAUUUUUCUCCCUUUCCCCUUGAUCUUUUGUAUUGUGCAGAAAAGGAAGAAUUAGAGUAAUCCGAAAUGUCACUACUCAAAUUCUUCUCCCUUUCUAUUUGAAGUUUUGCUGGAGGAAAAAAUUAGCACAUGAAAAUAAUAUUUUGGAUUGUGCUAAUAUCUCGGAUUGCCAUUUUUUGUAAGGUUUCGAUAUAAUAUAAUGUAAGGUUUCGAUAUAAUAUAAGACCCAUGUAUUCUUAUACCCAUACCACGAGCUGAGUCGAAGGAGAUGCCUGUGGACCGAGAUAUAGGUCCCCGAAAAUCGAAAAAACCAUAGGAGGUGAAGUUUAGAAAGAGAAAAAUUUCUUUUUAAUAGGAAAAAUGAGGGAGACUCGACCGCUCAAAAAGUCGAAAACUUAGAAGCCCUAUAACUUUUUGAUUUGAUGGGUAGGGUCGAAAAAGAAAAAAACUGGCAAUAAGAAAUCGACCUUGCUCUAGCUGAUGGUAUAAAAAUAAUUUCGAAAUUUUUGGUAACCCUCAAAAAUAUCGAACAGGCACUUUUUUCAGAUUUU